CACACUGUAUUUCUAUAUAAUUACAUCAGCACCGAAAACAUGGUUUUGGUACUUCAACAAAUACAUGAUAUGAGUUAUUUUUAUUCCAUUAUACUUACUAUCGUGUUAGUUAUAUCUAUAGUAAUUUUGCUAAGGAAAAAAAAACUAAGACAAUUUACUUUGGCUGCUCAAAUACCUGGUCCAAAAGGUCAUUUUAUUGUCGGAAGCCUAACGAUUUUAAUUCGACGACAAAUAAAGUUUAUAAAGAACUUGAAACAAUUAUGUAAGAAGUACAAGCAUUCAUUAUUUAAAUUUUGGUUUUUUAACAAGUUGGUUGUUUGUGUAUCCAACGCCGAUGAUGUAGAGGAAGUAAUGAAUAGUUUAAACUGUUUUCAAAAGAAUAUACCUUAUUCGAUAAUUGAAGACGUUUUCUCGAGUAAGGGAUUAAUUACAAAUAAUAAUAUACAUGACUAUAAAAGAAACAGGUAA